AUGGCAGUGUCAGGACGGAAGGUUUCUGGUAUUCAUGGAUCAGUAUCUAAAGGUUCAGCAGAGGAUUUUGACCACAGGUGUGAACCAUGCUUGGCUAUUGGCCAACAUAUUCAAAGCCGUGGAUUUUGUGUGGACUGUCAGGAAUAUUUGUGCAAGAACUGUUUUGCUUAUCAUAAACGAACAAAGGCAUCCAAACAUCAUCAACUUCUUGACAAAAGUAACAUGGGGGGACAUAUUGUUGGUAACAAGAGUUUGGCAAUGUGCACUGAAAAGUGUGUUAUUCACAAAAAAGAGAUCAUCAAGUUUUUCUGCACUGACCAUGAAUUUCUCGGAUGUACUGAUUGUAUAACCCUGAAUCACAGGACAUGUAAAAUUGAUUAUAUACCUGAUAAAUGUGCAGGUAUUGGGGACAGUGAUGAGUACAGGAAAACACUGAGAGAACUAGAUCGGAAGAUGAAAGAUAUUGAUGCUGUGAUCAAGCUGGCAACACUACAAGACAAACAGAUAGAGUCCUCCUAUGAUCAU